UGUGAGGGGAAAUUUUUUUUUGUGGCAAUGUUGUGACGGCUCGGGCGCCCGCUUCACGAUGCUGUGGCGACGAGGAGAUGCCGGUGGAUGGUGGGUGGGUGGUGGUGGAGAGAGAGGAGGAGAUGAGAGAGAGGAGGCGAGAGAGAGAAGGCGAGAGAGGAGAGAGCCGCUCGGCUCAACCCCGUCGCCCCCUGACCUCUGACCACCUCGCUCGCGUCAGCGACCACGACGCCGCCUCCAUCUUGCGGCUCUCCCCUCACACUCUCCGCGCUCUCCCCUCCCACUCUCUCCUCCCACUCUCCCCUCUGUCUCUCCUCCCCUCACACUCUCUCCUCACACUCUCCCCGCUCUCCCCUCCGUCUCCACUCUCGGCGCUCUCCGUCACGAGUCCAGGCCGCCUCUGCCGAGUCGCUCGAUCCCUCCACGCACGUGGCGGUGUCGCGUGUCCCAGCCUCGCCACACCGAGCAGCCGCAGCCCUCCUCACGCGGGAGACGACCAGGGGACGACUUGAGGACGACUUGAGGACGACUUGGGGACGACUUGGAGACGACUUGUUGUGUCAAGACGAGGAGGAGGAGGACCCCUGGCCACUUCGUCGUCUUCGUCAGCGAGGAUCUCCACACGCGGCGACUCGAUGGCGGAGUUCGACUUCGCGCCGUGGUUGAGCAGGCGCCUGGAGGCGAUGCAGGUGGACGCCGAGGUGUACGGGACCUACCUCGCCGGCAUCCUGGCAGAGGACGACGACACGGACGAGGAGAAGGAGGACGCCAUGCGGGCAGUGCUGUCCGCAGUCGUGGCGGAGGAAGACUCGCUGGACUCGAUUUGCAGGGAGAUCCUGAGAAAGUGGAGGGAGAUGGAACACCUUUCCAAAGAGAAACGGCGACUCCUCAAUGGCUCGCGGGACGAGGUGCAAGUCCUGGCCAGCAUGAUCGAGCAGCAGGCCCAGCUGGUGGUGGCGCCCCGUGAGGUGACGCGCGAGGAGCGCCAGCGCAAGGAAGCGCUGCUGGCGCAGUACGCCACCGUGGAGGAGGCCCAGGAUGAGGAGAGCGAGGAGCCGGAAGGAGCCACGGCAGCCAAGUCCGCGGGAGUGACGGACAAGAGCAAAUCUCUGUUCCGCAACACGAACGCGGAGACGGUGGCGGAGAAGCAGCGUCUGCAGCGCGAGCAGGCGCGCGAGGACUCGCAGCGCAAGAAGGAGCAGGACAAGACGCAGCGGGAGAAGGACAAGGUGCAGAAGCAGGAGAAGAAAGACGAGAAGCGCAAGAAGGCCCAGAAGGUCGAGCGACGGCGAUGAUGAGAGAGCGGUG